ACGUUUGAUAAAAUAUUGCUUUAUCACUGAAGAAAAUAUGAAAAAAAGGAUUUUGUUUUUUGCCAUGUGUUGGAGUCUGCCAAGCCGGAAUUCUUCGGGAUCCGGAAAAAGACGUCGUAUGCUUUACGGUAAACCCAAGGAAAGCUCCACGCUACAAAGUUGCUAAUUUUAAAUCUCUGCCAACAGAAUUAACACAAUGGAUGUGGCAUCAUCUUCUGGUUCAGAAAUAUUAUUUCCAACUUUACCUGCUGAAACAAUUGAUAAGAAUACAGAAAUCAGAAACGGAAAAACAACAGUACAUGAUGCAAGCCAACAGAUGACUGAUCCAAAAUUAAGCCUGUCACAAAUGACACUUCCAGACAUAAACCUGUCACAAAAUGCAUUUUCAGAGAUAUGCCAGUCACAAGUAACUCUUCCAGAUACAAACCUGUCGCAGUUGACUCUUCCAGAUACAAACCUGUCACAAAUUACUCUUCCAGAUACAAACCUGUCACAGUUGACUCUUCCAGAUAUGAACCUGUCACAGCUGACUCUUCCAGAUACAAACCUAUCACAGCUGACUCUUCCAGACACAAACCUGUCACAGUUGACUCUUCCAGACACAAACCUGUCACAGUUGACUCUUCCAGACACAAACCUGUCACAGUUGACUCUUCCAGAUACAAACCUAUCACAGCUGACUCUUCCAGAUACAAACCUGUCACAGUUGACUCUUCCAGAUACAAAUCUGUUACAAGUGACUCUUCCACGUACAAACCUGUCACAAGCUACCCUUACAGAUUCAAGGAAAACAAAAACUAUUGAUUCUAAUUUUAAUGAGACCAAUUCCAGUUUUAAAGAAUCAAGUCAGUCACGGGUCCCUCCAACACAACCAGCCGGCCUGUCCCAAAUGAUGACUGUUCCACCUUCACAGAAGGCACCAACAAUUGGUCAUCAUAAAUUUCAAGAGAUCCAAAACAGUCAAUGUCACGUUACUCUCUAUCCUGGCCGAAAACAUUCUACAACACAAGGUUCCAUCCUUUCGACAGAACCUCCUGAUUUCGACCCCUAUAGCUUCACCGAAGAACCUGUCUUCAAAAACCAACAGAUACGCAGUACUAAGUCAAAGCAUUUUCAAACAAAACCAAAGACAGCGAGAGCCAGUAUGACGGGGGUUAAAAAACUUCACAAGACUAUACAGCAGCAACUGUCAACUAAAUUCUAUUCUAACCUGACAAACCUUCUACUAGAAUCACAAGAGAAAUUGUCAGUUAUUAAAAGAACAAAUUCAAUCACUUGUGAAUUGUUGAAACAACAGGGCUUGCAAAUGAACCACACUGCACAAUCAAAAGCCAUUCUCCUUAGCAAAAUCCACACACUUAAAAUUCGGCAGAGAACAUUGAAGUCCCUCUUUGACUCACACAAUGUAUUUUGUCGAAUUGCUAAGGAAAAACUGAAUCUUCCUUUAUCACAGCGGCCAAAAACUGCUGAAACAGUGUCUUCUAAAACUAUAGAGCCUCCAGCAAAUGACACACUUGUAGAUGUUGAUGACAACCAGUCUGAUAAAGCCAGUACAGUUUAUUCUAUGAGUAUAACUUCGAAACAUGUUAAGAUUACAACAGAAAACAGAGAUGAAAUUAAAGACAAUAAACUGCCAAUAGAGAAUGUUAACAGAAAUGUUAUGAAUCAGCAUUCCAUAGAAGGGCAGCAUUUGCAGCUAAAUCUCCAAGAUAAGGCGCCAAACCAAGUUGCCAAAGUCUUUAAGAAUAUUGUUAAUCUACCAAUGAAUCAAUUGAACAAGUCAAAUCCAAACAAACAUAAUUCUUCAUUUAUAGCUCCAAAUUCAAAGAACUCUUUGCCACCUUUGUCUGUAGCUUCCAGUGAAGACUUCCCUCAAAUGACAAUUCCACCGUUCUUGGCACGGCAACAGACUUCAGUCCCAGGUAAGAGCAAUCUUAGCAGUCAACAGAAUAAAAGUACCGCAAAGAAACUCGUGUCAGAGGAGAAUCAGAAAAACAAUCCUUUAACAAGUUCCUCAGCACCAAAAGAAUUUAGCCAACCCCAGAAUACAAUAUUUACUCAAACACCAAUAGUUGAGACUCUACAUGAUGACAGCAACAUAGAGAUGUCCAACAACUGGAAGAUCACUGCUAACUACAGCAAUACACUGCGGCAUAAGAACUGCUCCAGGAUUAAUUCGACCCUCCUGAGCAUUGGCCAAGAGCAUUCUUAUUCUUCCAGAGAAAACAGCAAAAGCCAUAAUGUUAUUUACCAAAAAGAAGUUGUUAAAGUUUUAUUGAUAGAAGACAGUGAAUUGACUCCAAUAUCAGACGUAUUUCCUUCUUUGCAAUGGUCCAAUCUCAAUGACUGCUCAUUGCCUUCUUUUUUAUUUGAAGACAUCAAUGAAUGGCCAGCAAAGUAACUGUUAUCUUUUACUUGAUUCAGUCAUUAGACUACAGCCAUGCUGGGGCACCACUUUGAACAAUUUACUUU